GCUCUUUAGUAACCCCAGAACGAAGUCAAAAGCACGUUGUAAGAGAUAAAAAUGCUUUCUCACUCCUCUCGUCCGUUCAAAUGUUGAAGUUACGAUUUCGUAAUGGGUGUCGAAACCACCCAUUUACGUGGAAACCCGCUGCUCGAAACCUGUUGAACCAGUCGAAAGCUCUUCAUUUGGGAAAGUUAGAGCACGUUCAGUGAAAUUUUAUUCAAUUUUUUUAUUAAAGAUCUAUUAAAAACGCCGCAUAGUCUUUUUAGCGUAGUUCUCGCAUAGUCAUUUUGCACAGCAUAGUAAUUUUGUUUGUAGUACAUGUAAAUCACAAUUUUUUAGUAGAAAUUUUUACUUUUUAUAGAAACAGUUUGCGAAGAAUGUCACGUGUAGACCAUCCACAUGAUAUUUUGACCAAUUUUGACAGUGUUUCGCACGGUGUACGAAAAACCGUGGUAUUUCGUUUCGAAUUCACAAGCAUGUGAACUAAUGUGAAUACGAAUGAUUUCGAAGUUACAGUUAAAAACUAUUAAGAACAAAUCGUCACAUUGAAGUGAUAAACAUUACACCCUUGCAAUAUUACUUACGAAAGUUUCGUAGUGAUGAAUGAUAACGACCCGCUUGUAUCCUAACCGCUAUACGCCCAAGUGCGCGAAGAAUUGCGCCCUUUGUCUAAAUAAUCCCUAUUGCAGUUAAAUACUGAAAGUUCAAAAUACUUGUGCAUGAAUUAAAUAUGCAAACUGAUGGCAAUAAUCCUUAAAAAUCUUUCCAUUGUUAUUUAUAUGUUACACAGUUUUGUUAGUGCACAAAUAUUUACAACACUAAAACACACACACUUGAUAAGAAAUUAUACAAACUUAAUCAUGGAAGAUAGCAAAAGUCAGUGUGAUGUUCUAAAGAAAUCUCUUUCUGAGUGGUCAUUUAGCACUCCUAAACUAUUGCUGUUACCAAUUGACAAGGUAGAAAGUAAUUAUAUUAGAAGGAAUGUAAUUGGUGCUGUGUUUUCUAAAGUUUCACCCACACCUCUGAAACAUAAAAUUUCACUAGUUUCUUACUCAAAAGAUGCAUUGAUUAAUAUAUUGGACAUGGACCCUUCCAUUACUGAAUCUGAAGACUUUACAGAAUUUGUGUCUGGCAAUCUAGUACUUUCUAGCUCAGUGCCUCUUGCUCAUCGUUAUGGUGGACAUCAAUUUGGUACAUGGGCCAUGCAGCUUGGUGAUGGUAGAGCACACUUAUUAGGAGAAUACAUAAAUAACAAAGGAGAACAUUGGGAGUUGCAGCUUAAAGGAUCUGGAAUGACUCCCUAUUCUCGUGAUGGGGAUGGCCGAGCAGUAUUACGUUCAUCAAUUCGAGAAUUUUUGUGUUCCGAAGCCAUGCAUUACUUAGGAGUGCCAACAUCACGAGCUGCUGCCCUUGUUGUAAGCAAUGAUCCUGUUUUAAGAGACCAGUUUUACAAUGGAUUCCCUGAGCUGGAAAAAGCAGCUGUUGUUUUACGUCUUGCUCCAACAUGGUUCAGGUUUGGGUCCUUGGAACUUUUAGCUCGACAAGGCGAAGUCACAACUUUAAAAAUUCUUACCGAUUUUAUAAUACAGGAGCACUUUCCAUCCAUAAAUCCAUUAGAUGAGGAUAGAUAUCUUCAAAUGUUUGAUGAAGUGUCCCAUAAGACUUUGCAACUUGUUGCUCAAUGGCAAGGAGUAGGAUUUACUCAUGGAGUUCUUAAUACUGACAAUAUGAGUUUAUUGAGUGUGACAAUAGAUUAUGGUCCAUUUGGGUAUUUAGAUGCUUAUCAUGAAAGAUACAUCCCAAAUAAUUCUGAUAAAGAAGGCCGGUAUUGUUAUGGAAGACAGCCAGAAAUUGUUAUAUGGAAUUUGGAAAAAUUGGCAAGGGCCCUUUCAGUACUACUAAAUCAAGAAAGAACUGGACAAUUAAUGGAAAUGGUGAAGAACUUGCAAAAACAUGCAAAUGAUAAACUCAGUGCUGUGUUUCGCAAGAAAUUAGGACUCACAACUGAUCAACCAGGAGACCUUCAGUUGACCCAGCAACUACUAAACCUCAUGCAGGAGACUAGUACUGAUUUUACUAUGGGCUUUUGUCAGUUGGGAGAAGUUCAACUUGAGCAUAUCCUUGAGCCAGAACACACCAAAGAAAAGUGGGCUCUUGAAACACUUAAAAAAGCUAAAACAUUCCAGACAUUCAUUGAGGCUUACAAGAAGCGGAUUGCCUUAGAACCAGAAUUAACUGAAUCUAAACGUCAAGCUUUGAUGAAGGCAAAUAAUCCUCGGUAUGUGCUGCGGCAGUGGAUGGCUCAAUCUGCUAUUAAAAAAGCAGAGAUCUAUGAUUUUUCAGAAGUAAAUUUACUCCUGAAGGUUUUACAGAAUCCCUUUUCUUAUCAGGAAGAAGCUGAAGAAAUGAGCUAUAGUUCUCCUCCUCCUUGUUGGGCUCGACAUAUUAAAGUGAGCUGCUCCAGCUGAUGUUACUAAAUUAAGGGGAAAAUGUAUGUAGCAAUAAAAAGCUUUUCUUGUACAUUUGUUGGUAGAAAGCAACAAAAAAAACAUUGUAUAAGUGUUUUGUACAAUAUGUAAAUAUGAAUACAGUAAAUGUAAAAUAAUUUUAAAUUACAAACAUCUUUUUUUUUAUUGUAUUUUUUGUUGUAAAAAUUUUGGUUUUGUAGUAUUUUAUAUAGAUUUUCUUCCUCAUAUUCUCAUUGUAGAGAAAGUAAAAUAAUGCUACAAAA